AUGGGGUUGAUGCGCGACCCCAGGGCCGCCGGGAUCGGGGUAAGGCGACUUCUGAGCGUGAACGCGGAGCAUUACAUGGGAAUGCUCCUCCUCGCGCUGCUGUAUACGGUGCAAGCGGAUUAUGGCAGUGCCAAGACUACGAUCGGGCGCAUCUUGACGCUCUACGAGGAGGAUAUCGUCGGUGCGUUGUUGUAUAUUGUAUUGCGGCAGAUAACGGAGAACACGGUGCCGGUCCUUCCGACCUCAGCCGUCGGGGCUUCCCUUGGCGAGGGUGGCGCGACUCGUGUUGCCAUUGAGGGUAUAAACAGGGAGCUAGCGAUCGUGUUAGCCCGCGUGGAAGCCUACUCCAACAAGGUGGUUUCUCAUCCAAUUAUUGAUGCCGCCUCCGGCGAUCACGCGACUCCCACCCUCAAGCGACUUUGCCUUGGUCGUGUCUUGGGUGAGCGCCCCCCGGAUAAGGAAGUUAUUGACCCGCAUGUGGCGCAGCGCCAAGCGGCACACUAUUGGUCCUUUCUCGCAUACGUUUGUGUUCGACUAAGCGCCUACAGGUUGGCGGAAGUUGUUAUUGAGGCAGGUUUGAAUUUCAUCGCAAACCAGCCCACACCCCACCCUAGGGCAUUCGCCGAUCUUUUAUGCAGCACCACCCGCUUAUCGUUGCUCCGGCUGGGAGGGCGGCUGCCGGCCUUCACAAUGAUUCAUGAAUUUAAUCUUUUGGGCACCUUUAUUCCCUUCACAAAUGCCGAGUCCUCCUUCACCGCCCUUUUAAUGGCAAGAACCGAGGAUUCUGGCGGGGAGGGAGCCACGAAUUCGCUGAAAGGUGCCGUUGAACCUAUCGAUCAGCGUGAGUUGUCCAUUGCGUUCACCAACCUCCUUCAAGUGGUGGAAAUGUGUCCAAACCAUGCCGAUGCGUACUUGCUCAUGGGCAUACUUCGGCUGCUUGAUGCAUCCAAACCCGACCUCCCGAAGAGUGAGCGACAUGUGAAACUGCUUGAGGCGGCUGUAUACUUUGAGCAAUGUAUUGGGAAUUGCCCUUAUUGCGUAGAGGCAUACUUAGGUCUUGGGAACGUGCGGAAACUUCAAGAAGCAGACGAGGUUGCCCUUGACCUGUAUGCCACUGCAUCAGAGGUGUGGUUUAGACAACCACUCAUUUCCUUUGAGGAGUUUAUGUUUUUAUUUGACCGACAUAUUACUAUUUGA